UUACAGCAAGGAAGAGAAAGUCCGCCAUUUUCGUGUUCUCAGGAACACAAUCAGAGGAACUAAGUUGGGUUGUUUUAGCGUCUAUUAAGAUGUUACUUUCGAUACUAUUUUCAAUCAACCUUCUUACGGUCCUUUGUACCGUAACAGCAGAAGAAUCUAAACAUGAAGCUAAGGUAGCRUUUUGGUGUGGCAAAGURAAUCAGCAUGUUGACCUGAAGACUGGAGAGUGGAAGACAGAUGACAAUGGUCGGUCAAUGUGUGCUACUAGCAAAGCAGAAGUUYUCCUGUAUUGCCAGCAUACUUAUCCUUCAUUGAAGAUCACCAACAUUGUGGAGGACAACAAUCCUGUUGUUAUUAACCACUGGUGUGGUCCCAAGAAUGUCAAUUGCAGCAGCACCAAAUCAGUUGUGGCAUACAGAUGUCUAGUUGGCCCAUUUGAGGCUGAUGCCUUACUAGUGCCUAAAGGCUGCCGAUUUGGUCAUCUUCACAAGGGCAGCAAGUGCAAAGACCAUGAUCACUGGCACAAAAAGGCACAAGACAAGUGUGAAGAUCAAGAUAUGAAACUCAAGAACUAUGGUAUCUUGAUCCCCUGUGGAAAAGGCAUGUUCACAGGAGUUGAAUAUGUUUGCUGUCCAAAGGACAUGAAAACAGAGAAGCCUAAAGAAGAGCAUCCAGUCAGGAAGCUUAUUGGUGGAUCGGAAGAUGUUGAUAUGCCUAAGACGACAAAGCGCCCAUUGACUUUGAUUGAAAAGUUGGAGGAAGAAACAAAGAAUUAUCCUAAGCACCUGUUAGGCAAGUUGAUUGGCUGUAAUCACAAGAAAUAUCAUCAGCAACGUCAGAAGAUUGAAGCUGAACAUGACAAGCGCAUGUCAAAAGUCAUCAGAGAGUGGGARAAUGCUGAGAAACGUUACAACAUUUUAAAGGAUGACGACUUGAAGCUGGCUGAAGAAAUGUUAGCUGGUGUGCUUGAGCGUUUCAAGAAGAUUGUUGCAAUUUUGGAGCAACAAGUGAAGUUAGAACGUCUCAGCCUUCACGCCGAACAUGCCCAGUGUAUGCAGAUUGAUUUGAAUGACAAGAAAAACAAAGUUUUGAGAUCAUUCUUGAAAGCUUUGAAGAGGAAGCCAGUCGAUGAGAAUGCUAUUCUUAAAGCUAUGAGAAAGUUCAUCAAUGUCAGUACUGAAGAUCGCAUUCAUAAUCACAACCAGUUUGAGCGUAUGAUCAAGAAUAAYCCUGACAAAGCUGAGAAACUGAGAAAAUCUUUCCAUGCCCACCUGAAAUACAUCAAUGACAAAGUCAACCAUACCAUGCAGCUGUUGUACAAGGUUCCAAAGGUUGCUCGCAAAUUUGUCAUGGAACUACCACCAUGGGCACCAAGACUGCAUCUGCCAACARAGAAGCCCACAACAGCCCCAACAACCAAACCAAUCAAGAUCAAAAUGGAGAAACUCAUCUCAAGAGAAGAAAACAAAGUGUCGAGUAAACUCCAUAGGGUACCYUAUCAUAAACUAAGAAAUGAUCACAUGGGUGCAGCUCCGGCCCAGAAGCCUGAUAAUAAAGRUGAUGACCCAGAAAACAAGCCUGAAAACGAAGAGUACUUUGAAGCCCCUCGAUCUCCUGCUACUUUCGCAGUGGUGAUUGGUUUGAGUUGUUGUGCCUUAGUAAUCAUGAUCAUCAUUAUCAUUGCCAUGGCCAUGAGAAAGACAAGACUCAACAAGCCAACAAGAACUGUUCUUGUUGAUCCUGAUGUUGAUCCAAAUUCUGAGAAACAACACCUUGCGAACUUGCAGCAAAAUGGGUAUGAAAAUCCCAUCUAUAAGCUCACUACUUAUUAAAGCUUUUUUCGUUAACUAAUAGAAUAAUUUAGAUUGUGCAGCCCUACUGUAGAUAGAAAAWGGUUAAUAUUGCACUAGGGUAGCAAGUAGAAUUUGUCCCUUCUCAAUAUGUUCUUGUUGUAAUGAGAACAAGGCAAUGUGGUGAAAUUAAGAAUAAUWGACUGCAAUUGUUCAUGAUUUAGGUAACUAUUACUAGUAUAGUUGAGAAUUAAUUGCAUCAUUAGAUAGUGUUUUUAGUCUGUUUAAGGUGUGCAUGAAAACAGGGUUCACCUCCAUUGACUCACCUUGUUGUUGUGUGAAUGACCAUAAUAACAAUUCAGUGCCAUAAACAGACUAUUAACAUUUACCUGGUGCAAUGACUGCACUAAUAAGUAUUGUAGAAUAGAUCACACACAUCUAGCUUCAGUUUGUCAACAUAAACAUGAAAUAUUCCUCCUAGUAGUUGCAGCUUUUACAAAAAAAAAGACAUAAAAACAUAUGUAAAGUUGCAUGUUUUAAGGAUUUGUAAGUAGUUUAAGUAUUUAAUGUUUGGUUGUAAUUUUGUUUACAGUAUAUUUAUCUUACAUUAUUUCUUAUUACUAGACGAUACUAGUGAUAUAUAAAUUACUCUCACUAGUAUAUUAGAAGCAAUUUGGGUUUUGAAUUUUGGUUUGGUUUUUUUGGUUUUCCAUAUUCUUUAUCAGUGUCUAAUUUCAACAUGAUGAAACAUAACUGUAGGACAUUUUAAGUAUCACAAGUUUAUAUAAUUGUGAGAUAACAAGUUUGACAUAACAGACAUGCACAAAAUAACUGACAACAAAUAACGACCAUCAUCCUCAAACAUCAACCUCACCAUAAGCAGAUGCCUCAAGGACUUGUUUAUGUGAGAUAACAAGGACGGUAUAUCACAWACUAGGAAACACAAUCCAACAAUAGAAACAACUGACAACAUUACAUAACAUAGCAACAUUGGUAGUGGGCUAAAAACAAGAAUUUUGUAAGGCRGGUUUUUAUUUUAGAAAAACAGUCACUUACAAACUUAACAUUCAGCAAGGUAGACACUUCUGCUUUGAAUUUAACAGACAAUAGCAUAUUUAUGAAGUUYCAUACAUCGUAAAUGUGUGAUUUUGAAAUUAGACGCUGAUUAAGAUUUGUCAGUGUUAUUAUAUAGUACWAAAAUAUGUAUUUACUUCAUUCUUAUGCAUAGCAUGAUAAAAUAUACUUACUGUGCUUGUAGAGUUGAAUAAGAGCAAUUAGUAAACCCAUUAUACUUGUAUUUAUCUGCAGUAAACCCGCUUUCAUCCACAAGUGAUUAUAAAAUUGCAAUAAAGUUUUAGAAUGCUACAAUAUUUCCCCCAUUUAAAUCUGGUUAAAGUUCUCUGUUGAGACAAGCCAGGUUGUUGACCUGUAAAUUGGCAUCAGGCACAAGGUGGCAGGGCCAUGGGUUCUAUGAGUAAUUCAGGACAAAAUUAAUAAAAAUCAGGCUUUAGUCUYGUGCUAAUCCAGUAGUCGUCAUUCUAACAUUUUACAAUUGUUAUUCACGUGUGGAUUGAGAUUGUCAAUUGUAGUUUUAAUAAACUUAUUUAUCUUGUA